AUGGACGGGCCCGAAGGCCAGGUGGACCGCGCGAUCCGGGCCAUCCGCUCAGCGGCCACCCUGCCGGAGUUCUUGCGCGCCAUUCAGACUGCCGGGGCCCUCCUCCAGCCGCCGGUCGAUCAGCAAACCCACUUCCGCCUUCUGCGCGCCGUGCACCAGGCAAUGGACCGGCGGCGCUUCGUGAAUGACAUGCUUGUCCCGCCCGGGAGCCGCGAGGCCGAGCGACGCUUCGAUCCGGAGGCCACCGGGCAGGAUGUCCGCCGGCUGGCCCUAUCGCUCCUGGCGGAGAUGGCCGCACACCCGAAGCUCACCAGCGCCGAGGUUUAUCUGUCGCCCCUGCCGGAGGUGUCCCUGGUGCUCGUGCAAUUGACGGAGGAAGCACCCGCCGCCCGCGCUGCUGGCCCGGAUGAGCUCCAUACUUGGGCCGCGUCGGUUGAGGAUGCCCUGACCUUCUUGCUGGCCGCGACCGAGGUCCCGGGCGGCCUCCUUCGCCGGGAGCUUGCCCAGCUGCCGGACCUGGCGCUGCUGCUUUUGCGCGGCCUCUGUAAACUGGGUGCCGCCCUGGCAGUCGCGACCGCCGCCAGCAGCGAGUCCAGCCCCGAGCCUGAUCUCGCGUCCUUCCUGCCGGUUGUCUUCAAGCUGGUGGCUGGUCUGGUGGCCGGUGACACCGAGGACCAGGCGGCCCUGACCACGCAGCGCCAUGCCGCGCGAGCGCUCUCCCGACACCUGCUCCCUGGCCUGGCGCAGCUGCUUGAUGCCCGGGCGGAUGCCCGCCGCUUCGAAGGGCUGGCCCUGCUGCGCGACUUCCUCCUUUGUCUGCCGGCGGAUUUGUUGGAGGCGCUGGUUCGGCCCGUCCCCUCCGGCGGCCAGGGCGCGUCGGGCCCUCGACCGGCCGACUGGCUGCAAUCCAUCCGGGGGAUCCUCCGCGGCAUCGUCCUCAGUCGCGUUCCCGAUGACAAGCGUCUCGAUGCGCUCUCCCUCCUGGCCAUUCUGCUGGCGGCCUGCGGCCUGGGGCUGCUCACCGGCGAAGGCCUCCUUCGUGAGUUCAUUGUCGAUCGGAAUGCCGAUUUGAUGAUUCUUCAGGAUCCAUUCGUCAAGCGGCGUAAUGUGACGAUGCACUUCAGGGCCAGCACAUUUAACCUGUUCCGCUAUGAGUGCGAACGGGCUCUUCGCAUCCUCGGUGACGAUUCUCCGGAAGCCUUGCAAAAGGUGAAAUACCUGCCCUUCGAAAGGAGCUGCUCCACUCAGCCCAUUGCGACCAGCUUCCGCUUGGCUCGACUGCUCUUAGACACAACCGCUGAGGCCAAUCAGCCCACCCCCAGUGUGACAAUCAAUCCGAGCAUGCGCGAGUGGAAGUUCUCCCCUCCGCGCAGUGCCAUUCUGCAGAAUCUCCGCCGGAGCCGCGAGCGGAUCAACCUUCAGGCCUUUGAGAAGAGCCGCCUCUCCCCCUUAAACUGA